AUGGCCUUCUCCAUUAGGCGCUUGAAGCGGAGUCAUGCUAUUGUGGAUGAGGGCGUGAACAUCGUCACGCAACGUAUCCUCCUCCAGCUCACAGUGGGCAUGAAUGUUGCGGUGCACAAUGGGCGCGUCAGGCAGAUCGUCGUCCUCCUCGACGCUGGCCGAAGGCACGAUACCAGUCAGGCCGCGGGCCUCGGGCAAAGUGCCAUGACCCGGCGGGGCGGCCCGAUGACCGUUGCUGAGAAUGGGAGUCGGUAA